UAUGGAAGACAGUGAUUCAUCAUCAAUAACUGUUGAUCAUAGAAAAAACAGAGCUCUAGCUGCGGAUGAACCAACAUAUAAACUGGAAACUUUCGAAAAGAAUGCCAUGAUAAUAUUCAAUCAAUAUGAUGUCAACAAACAUAAACUUAGAGUCGGCACUCAUGUAGACGGAAGGCUUAUUAAAGAAACGCUUGAGAAAUUUGGUUUUGAAGGAAAAGAACAUAUGGAUCUUAUUAAGAAGAACAUUUUUAAGGAAUUGGAGAAAUUUAGUUCAAUGGAUUUUACCAACUACGGUUGUGUGGUAAUAGUAGUGAUGACCCAUGGCGGUGAAAAUGGCCUUCUCAUGGCGAAAGACGAAUCGUAUUGCGAGCGGGACAUUCUCAACUACUUCAAGCAUAAGGAGAAACGUACACUGGUCACCAAACCCAUCGUCAUGAUUAUUCAGGCAUGUAGAGGUGAUGAAGAUGUGGAAGCAGCAAAAGCAUGGCGUAAAUCAGAAUCCUUGGACCUAGAAAGAGAUUGGAUCUUCAAAAACGAAGAAGAACAUUAUCAUCUGCCAGUGGAAGCUGAUACUAUAGUGCUGCACAGCUCUUCUGAGGGAAAGCCUUCGCAUAGAAAAGGAACGGGUUCCUGGUUCAUCACGACCCUCUGCAAAAAAAUUCAAGAGCUGUCAAUAACGCACGACCUUGAGUCAAUUAUGGUGGAAGUGAAAAGAGAAGUCGCAAUAAAGAAAUACCAUCUCGUCAAGGACAAAAGGACUGGAACGUACCAAAUCAAUAAACAAAUGCCGGUGGUCACUUCUGCUUUGAUACGGAAGCUUUAUUUGAGGAAAUUCGGUGAUAAGCCGCCGAACUUUACGCCCUGCGGAGCGAAGUCGCUGCCGUCCACGUCACACGACUGUACCGACGAUAUGGUGAUUUGGCCCCACCGGUCGAGACGGUCUCCCGCACAGAUUUUGAAAUGGUACCAUUAUAUGAAAAAAAUUUUGCUAUGGUACAUGAAUACCAAUGGAAGUAACAAAACAGCUGAAUUUUUGCUUUGCAACUCCGCGGUGAACGAAACCAACUUCGACGCAGACACCAUGCAAGUGACACUCAUUGCUAUGAGCAGCCUUAUAGAGCUCCUAUUUAAGGACACUGAGUAUAAAGACUUGAUAUUUUACUACGAGAUUUUGUAAUAUUUUUAGCAUCUUUUACCAUGGACCAAAACUUAAGACUUAAUCUCCAUACUACAGAUUGUAACUCUGAAAAUGGUCGAAAUCCCAUCUUAUGUCUAGAUGACGCUGAUGUAUAUAGAAUAGAAUGGAAGUAGUUUGAGUUAUGUAAUUGGCCGUCAUCGAGUAUACCGGAAUUAGAGACGAAAUGUCAUUUAAUUUAUUUGAAAACUAUUCUGUCAAAUUAUUACUGUGACCACUGCG